CUACUGCAGCAGCAGCUUUUUAAAUAGCUUGUCUCCCUGGCAUUCACGGUUCACUUCGCGAUUUCCUCUAGUCAUUUGGCUCCCACAACGGCUCUCUCUGGAGCUUUAAAGGCACACUACUCGCCCCGGGCAUCAGCCUUCCAACGCUGUAGUCUGCUGCAAACUUGGAGGAGUGAUUGUUGUAGAACCAAGCUGAGAACAAGCCCAGGCACGCGGUGGCGGGAGACCGUGAUUUGAUCAAUCGUGUCAGACGACGGUGGAGAGGAGCCGCGCGAAGAGGCUGCCGUUGCUGCUGCCUAGCCGGGAGAUCGGUGGCUGGAGGAGGAGGACGCAUGCGCGUGGGAGCCGAUGAUGAGCAGCCGGCCCUGGGUGAGGAGCCCAGUGCGGACGGAUGUGAUCAAGGCUUAGAAUUCCCUCUAUCUGCCAGCAUUGAUGGUGAGAUUCCCAUGGGAUCGGAGCGGAUGGAGAUGCGCAAACGGCAGAUGUCGGUGCAGCAGGACACACCGAGCUCUGUGCAGGCACCACAGGCUACCAGUAAUCGAGCAUCCAAUGCUUGCUGUUUCUGUUGGUGCUGCUGCUGUAGCUGCUCAUGUCUUACUGUUAGGAAUGAAGAAGGAGAGGAGGGGUCCAGAAAGCCAUCUCAUGAAGUCAGAACAGAGGGCAUUCAAAUCCCAAGCUUUGAAGAAUGUCCUAGUGCAACUCUUGAAGACGUAGUUUCCUGGGGACAGUCAUUUGACAAGCUGAUGAGCACUCCUGCAGGAAGAAAUGCUUUCCGGGAGUUUCUACGGACAGAAUUUAGUGAAGAAAAUAUGCUUUUCUGGCUGGCUUGUGAGGAGUUCAAGAAAGAAGUCAAUAAAAAUGCUAUAAAAGAAAAAGCAAGGCUAAUAUAUGAAGACUACAUUUCUAUCCUUUCACCUAAAGAGGUCAGUUUGGACUCACGAGUGCGGGAAGUUGUCAACAGAAAUAUGGUUGAACCAAAUGAACAUUCAUUUGAUGAAGCACAGCUGCAAAUUUAUACUCUGAUGCACAGAGACUCCUAUCAACGAUUCAUGAACUCUUCUAAUUACAAAGACCUACUUCAGUCUUUUAGUGAGAGUACACCAGAAUCUUAGGAACAAUUGUUCUUGGUUUUAGCAAAAGAAAAUAAAAGCUGUCUUUGGGCUAUUUAUAUCAUUAGGGACAUUAGUUCUAUAGGAUUUUCACCUGGAAACAAUUCUCAGGCAUAUAUUUUAAUAUGGAUUUUAAUGUGUCAAUCUGCAGAGGGCUCAGAAAUGGCAUUUUUUUUCAGAUCAACUUUAGAACGUCUUUUGACAAAGAACAGUGAUAGAAUUAUUUAUUAGUUGUUUAUAAGCAGCCUGUAGCUGUUCUACAACACUGUUUAUCAUGUACUCAAAGACAGGCACUACAAUAGUGGAAGUGCCUUGAACUUUCUUUAACGAUAAUACUUGGGCUAAACUAGAUUUAAACCUCAUGUUAAGUCUGCUGUAAUACAAUUAGGAUGACAUCAUGGCUACUACUGGCACUUUUAGGAGUUGUACUUCCACUUGUCUUGGAGUAUAUAAAUACAUAUUUGCUAUUUUAAUAAAGAAACAAAUGUAGUUCAACUUUAAAUAUCUAAACAAAUGGUUUGAAUAUACUGCCUAUUAUAAGAAAAGUUUUUUUCUGAUGUAUAAACUUAUUUUACUAUGAGAAUUUCCUCAUAUUGCAUUUGUUGGCAAAUGUGUGAAUGUUUAUAAAAAUUUAUUUGAAGAAUAGAUUUCCAGUUUUAUUUUGUAAAUGAAAAACAAAACUGGUAAAUGUGGGCAUUUAAAUUCAUAAGAAAAUAAAGCACAAAAUUAUUGGCACCCUUUUUAUUUUUA